AUGCGACAAUUCUUCGUAAGUCAGCACGCAGCCGACUUGACCGAAAAGGAUGCAGAGAUCGAAAAACAAGAGGACGCAAAGAAGAGAGCGCAAGAGAAACUGAGAGCUGAGAGAAAGAACAAUGAAAUUUUUGUUGCACAGAAUUUCAAAGCAAUUCGUGAUGAGCAUCUCCAGCACUUCUACCAGAUGCUCACUACCGAGAUGAAAGGACGUGGAGGCGUUUUGUGGCACUUAGAUGUGUUGCAGGAGGAGAUUGAAAAGCUGGAAAAAAGGAAUGAAGACAGGAGCAAGAGAAAAAAAGAAAAUAGCAGUGAUGAGGUAUCCGAGCAUCAUAUGGGUGGAGAUCAGCCAUUGUCGUCUCAAAUCUAA